AUGUGUUCCCCGCUGCUCAUCCCUGGCGGCUCCAUUACCUUUCGCGUCUCCUUCGUAGAAAUCCACCCUAAGGUGCCGCUGGUGAGGCUCUGGGGGCUGCCCGGCGAACGCAGAGAGGAAUAUCUGCGGCUGAUGAAGGACAUCCAGAUCAAAGUGGGACCCCGCUUGGCGAACGCUCCUGGGGACCGCGGGGGCCGAGGCGACGGCGACAGCGACGGCCAAGCCCUGGCUCUGGGUGACCUGUGUCUGGUGGAGCUGGGCGGGCGGUGGCACCGCUGCCGUAUCGUGAGCUGCCGGGCCAAGCCGGGGCAAAACUACCGCGUCUUUCUACUGGACGAGGGCCGCACGGUGAGCGCCACUUCCUACUACUUGGCGCGGGGCCGCAGCGAACUCUUCCACUUGCCGUCUGAAGUCAUGGGAUGCAUCAUUGCAGACUUGCUACCUCCCGGCGAGAUGGGGGCAUCCUUGGCCGCCACUGUUAGGGGCCCAAAGAGCUUCACCCCGCUAGGAUCCCAGAUGCUGAACUUACGAUGGGCGGCUGAGGCAGUCGACUUUUUGGGUUUCUUAAAUGGCAAAGAGCUGUCUGGCGUCAUUCGAAAACUGCUGAUCUCGCAAUGCCUGGUGGUACUGGAAGUGCCCUGGCUGCUGACGCAGAUGCGUCAUCUUGGGCUUGCCAGUCUUGCCUCUACUGCUUUUGGCACCCUACUGAGUGCCACCUUGGAAGUUCCUGAGAUUGCUUCUGUCCCAUUGGAGCCAACUUCCCCUUUGUCCCAGGCCCCAGUCCUUACUUCUUCUGCCCAGUCCAAGCAGGAUCAAGCCACAAUGGAUUUCUUCUAUCCUCAAUUGGAGUUGAAUGUGACUGUGGCUGUGGUGGUGACUCAAAUCUCUGAUCCAUAUAGGAUAUAUUGCCAGCUGCGUAGUCUUUCUAAAGAAAUCCAACUACUUUCAGAUGCUAUGUACCAAGCUUUUGAGUUAUCAAAGGGAAAAUUUGUAGAAGAGGCUUUACCCACCCCAGGUUUUCCCUGUGCAGCCCAGGGCAUGGAUGGAUGCUGGUAUCGAGCUUUGUUAUUAGAAAUAUACCCGGCAGAUGAUCAAGAGGAUCAACCAGAGGCAGUGGCUCAAGUGAUUUGUGUGGAUUAUGGCAGGAAAGAGUUUGUGACAAAGAGACAUCUGCGCAACUUACCUGCUGAAUAUUUCCGCAUGCCAGUAGUAACCUACCCUUGCUCACUGCAAGGUAUUACGGAUGGAGGUUGUGGCUGGACCCAUUCACAAAUUAAUCAACUUAAAACAUUGCUCUUGGGCAAGGUAGUUCAAGCUCACAUCGAAGCUUACUGUCCCUUUGAGCAUAUCUAUUACAUUACCUUAUAUGGGGAAGAUGGUCUCAACCUUAACUGCCUGUAUGGGGUGCAGGCUCAUUGCCUGGCUCAAAAUCUUCUGCACAGUAAUCAAGAAUCCACCUCUGGUUUAAUUAUUGAAUCAGAAAGCUUGGGUGUCUUCGUCCAAAAGGAAUCUGCUUCUUUGUCAGAGUCAUUGCCUGCUAUUGCUGCUACCCCAUUUUUUGUUGUGCGUCUGAAGGCAGGCGAGUACCAUAAUGUUCAGAUGUCAUUUCUUCAGGGCCCUUCAGAAUUCUGGGUGCAGUUGCAGGAACUUAAACAGCCACUUUGUCACUUAAGGCGGAAUUUAAGGGACUUUUAUUCUCGGAGUAAGAAACUAGAGGGUAUUCUACUUGAGCCCAAGGUAGGAUCCCUCUGCUGUGUCAUGUUGAAGGAAAACUCUUAUCAUCGUGCCCUUGUUACUAAAGUUCACGGAAAAGGAAUUGUGGUGUAUUUGGUGGAUUGGGGAAACACUGAAGUAGUUGACUUAUAUAAGGUGAAGAAGUUGCUUCCCCAAUUCAAAGAACUUCCUGCUGUGGCAGUCCGGUGUGCAUUGGAUAAUCCUUUCCCAGGUCAGUCAUGGAACCCAGAAGCUGUUGAUUAUUUUAGGAAAUCUGUGCUAAACAAGGAAUUGAUGAUCAAAGUUCUAGGCAUGCAAGGAGAUGUUUAUAUAGUUGAACUUUUUGAUAAUUCUCUAGUGGGAGAAAAAAAUUUGGGUAAAAUCAUGUCCCAGAGAAAGUACAUGAAGCAUCAUGAAGUACUAGAAACUCUCCAGAGAAUAUCAGACAAGCUAUUGACAGGGGACCCUGAAACUUCUUCUACAACUGAAAUUUUGAUAAAUGAACACCAUUCCAGUGAGGGAGCUUUUUAUUCUUCAUCAGUUCUGAGUGGCAAUGAUAAUUCAUCAUGCGAGAUGCAGAACUACUCUGAAAUAAAGGCAGGUGAAAAACAGCUUGAAUUUGGAAGUACGGUUGAUGUGAUUGUAACACACAUAGAAAAUCCUAGUCAUUUUUGGUGUCGAUUAUUUAAGAAUUCCCAUGAACUGAAUAUACUUAUGGCUAAAAUUCAGGAUUAUUGUAUACAUUCAGCAGAGCUUCAUGAAUGGCCAAAUUCUGUAUGUUUGGCUAAGUGUUCUGAGGAUAAAAAAUGGUACAGAGCUGUUAUCAUUAAUAAGGUUCGUUACACAGAAGAGGUUGAAGUCGCUUAUGUUGAUUAUGGAAAUAAAGAACAUGUUUCACUGAAAAAUAUUCGUGCAACUACAGCAGAGUUUCUGAAGCUAAAAGCUCAAGCUUUUAGAUGUAGCCUUUACAAUUUAAUUCAGCCAAAAAAUACAAAUCCUUUUGUUUGGGAUAAAAAAGCCAUCGAAACGUUUCUUGAAUUUGUGGAUUCAGGAUCUAAAGUGACAUUGAAGUGUACUAUAUUUGCUUUAGCAGCAUUAAAUGGUACAGAACUUUUUAAUAUUGUUGACCUAAUUACUCCUUUUGAAAGUGCUUGCAAUUUUUUAACAAGAAAAGGUCUAGCCACAUUUGUACAGAGAGAGAAACCCUUGGUAUCAUCUGUUCAACUUCUAUCAUAUUAUUACUCAACCCACAAUAUCAAAAGAGGAAAUGAAGAGAUUGUUUAUGUCACACAUGUUAAUAGUCCAUGUUUCUUUUUCUGCCAACUUGCUAGGAAUGCACAUGCUCUUGAAAAGUUAACUAGUAAUAUUAGUAAAGUAAGCAAAAUGUACAAUUUGCAAACUUCACCCACCUCUAGAAAUUUGUAUCUUGCAAAGUAUACUGAUGACUGCUGGUAUAGGGCAGUAGUAACUUCAAAAAAUGAUACCAAAGAAGUUUUUUUUGUAGAUUUUGGGAAUACACAACUGUUGAAAAAUGAAGAGCUGAUUGCAGUACCAAACUAUUCUUACGAGUUAAUGCUUUUGCCUAUGCAGGCUAUAAAAUGUUCUCUAUCUGAUAUUGUUGAUCCACCAAAAGAUGCUGUUGAGUGGUUUGAAAAGGCAGUGUUAGAUAAGCCCUUAAAAGCUUUGAUUGUAGCAAAAGAUCCUGAUGGAACGUGGAUAAUUGAACUGUAUGAUGGUAAAAUACAGAUCAAUGCAAGAUUGAAACAAAGCUUAGGUUUGCAGGCUAGCAAAGAGAUUACCAAAAACAAAGAGAUUACUGAAAACACAGCAAACAGCACUUUGUCUUCCAAAUACUUACUUAAUAGGGAAGAAAACAGUGAAAGGGGGCUAGCUUUGGUAGACUUUGUCAAACCUGUUCUUGAGGGCAAUACUAAAUCUAGUGCUGUUUUUGAAGAAACAUGCCAAUUGCAGCAGAAAACUAAAAAAGAGGGAGGAAGAAAAUUCUUAGGAUUCACAGAAGGCACUAGCAAAAGUAAUUAUGGGGCAGAUUGGAAGGACGUGAAAUGUGCAGCCCUUCAUGAGAAAGGGGAGAGAGGUGAUAUUAAAAAUAAAUCCAAAUCUGUAACAUAUUCUUCACCUGAAAAUAUAUAUGAACUACCUCAAAAAAACAUAAAUCCUGGUCUUAACUCUUUAGUGUAUGUUUCUCACAUAAAUAAUCUUUCUGAUUUUUAUGUACAGUUAGUAGAAGAUGAUCCUAUCCUUGAUAGUAUUUCACAGAAAAUAAACAACUCUAAAACAAUUUCAAGCUUAGUGGGGCAACAGCUUAAUGUAGGAGAUUUAAUAUGUGCAAUUUAUUCAGAAGAUGGCUUAUGGUAUCGAGCUGUAGUUAUUAAAGAAUCCACUAGUGAAUUGGUAGAGGUACAAUAUAUUGAUUAUGGCAAUACUGCGGUAGUUAGCAUUCAUAAAACAUGCGAACUUGUUGAAGACUGUUUAUCUUUCCCUGUGAUGAGCAUCCAUUGUAGCCUGGGUAGUAUUAAGAUGUCAGUGAUUCCAGAAUGGACACAAAAAGCAGUGCUGUAUUUCUCCCAAAAGACAAGUGAGGUUCAGGUGAAUAGUCAAUUUGUUGAGAAAGUAAAGGGCAAAUGGGAAAUAAUACUCAGUGAUGAAAAAGGUGAUAUAAUGGUUGAUAUGAUUAAUAGUUGUCUUGAAUAUAAAAAAUAUGACCUAAUAGAGACAUCUGACAAAGGAUUUGACAAGACUGGCAAAGUAAGCUUAUGUGAAGAUAUUCUUUCUGAUAAGCACAGUAGACUUUCAGUUAGCAAAUCAUUUCUCUGGACAAUACCUAAAAUAGGUGAAACUAUAAAAGCCUUUUCAUUCAUUCCAAAGAAUCCAGGAUAUUUCUGGUGUCAGUUCAGUAAAAAUGAUAUUAGUUCAAUUGAAAUAAAACUUCAGGAAGCUGGAGAACAUGCAAAAAUCCACGUUAAUGAUCUUAAAAAUGGCAGUCCUUGUCUAGCAAAGUUUAAUGAAAAUAAUUUAUUUCACCGAGCAGUUGUUACUCAUAUAGAAGAAAGUUCCUUGACAGUAAUCGAUAUUGAUUAUGGAACUGAGAAACUUGUCAGUAUAGAAUUGAUCAGGCAAAUUCCUGAUGGACUGUUAAUAAUUCCGCCACAAGCAUUUUUGUGUUGUCUCUUUGGUUUUAAUUCUGAAAAAGGUUCAUGGGCUGAAGGAAUAAGUAAAAUUUUCUAUGAUAUGAUAGCUGAUCUUCCAUUAGAGAUUACAGUUAUGGACAAACUGAACCAUGGUUCUUUUGAAAUUCCCUUGUUUGUAGUUAAAUUGGAAUGUCAAAAGAUAAGCAUCAAUGAACAAAUGAAACACUUUUGGAAGCAUCAUGCUGAAAGUGGUGAUUCCACUAUAGCAAAUAAUUACAACACUGAAGAGCAGAUUAGAAAUCCAGAAGAAGAGAACUCAAAAUCUGUGCCAUUUGAAACUGAAACUUCUGUUUGUACAAUAACCCCCACAAAUAAUAGUUUGGAAGAUGUAUUCUGUUGUCCAAAUCUAUUACAGUCAGUAGAUAAGUGUUUUGAUGUUGAAGAUGGGAUUUUAUCAGAAACAUCUGCACAGCCACCCCAAACUCAAAUCAACUUUAUCAUGCAUGAAAUAUUUUAUACAGGAAACCAACAGACCACAUUUGAUGCAUUUAAUAAUGAAACAAACUAUUCUGCAUCUGGAAACAUAAAAAACAUAAUAGAUUCUACAGGUCUUUCUGAAAUACAGCUUUCUACUUGUAAAAUUGAAUAUGAUGCACUUGAAUCUCAGGAAACAACAGAAGACAAAGAAAUAUUAAUGCUAGAUUCUGAAAUUCAGUUGCCUUUGGAUGAUACAAAGAGGUUGCUGGACUUUGUGCCCUUACAAGUCCUUCCCCAAUUAAAUAAUGCAAAAAGCAUGCCAGAAAUUGAGAAGUUAAAAGUGCCCUUGUUGGAAGACGUGCUACAACCAGAGACAGUAGAAAUAAAAGCUUACUGUGAUGAACCACAAAAAAAGACAGAAUUGAAUUUACUUGAACCACAACAUGUGGAAGGUCAGUCAGCACACAAAGUAGAAGAGAAUACUUCACUAAUGAAUGAAAAUGAAAAUUUAAUAUUAGAAGUGUUGGCACCUGAAGCGUUUCCUUUACUGACUGAGAAAGCCAACAAUAAUACACUAUAUUUGCAAUACCCUGCUUUGUCUGUUCCUGCAGAUAAUAAAAUCCAGUCAUCAUUUUCAGAAAUUAAAGUUAAGCCACAAGAUUUCUGUUCUUCUGUUGAAGGCCUUGUUGAAGAGUGUAACCUGGGAAAAAGUGAUAAAAAUUCCAAUUUUACUGAAGGGCAAACUGCGCUAAAAAAGAACUAUGGAGAAAUGCAGAUGAGCAUUCAUGGAAGUUUUAAAGACAAUAUUUCUGUUGAAAAGGAUUAUUUAACAAAUAUACAGCUAAGUGAAGUGAAUGAAGCCUUAAUACAUGAUACAGAAAAAAAAGAAAACAAUUGCAAUUUAAUGGGAUUUGAUAUUGGUUCCCAAUGUAUGGUACGGUCAGGUACUCAGUGGUACAAGGCUGAGAUUUUAGACAUAUCUGCUGAAGGUACAAAGGUUUUGAAUCUUUCAAAUGGAAAUGAAGAGAUAGUCAAUCCUAUACAUGUUUGGAAUGGGAUUCCUGAAUUGGAUUCAGAUCUCACUCAGAUAACGUCCAAGAAUAAAACAGAUAUCUUGCACUCUGUGCCAGCAACUAUCUUGGCAAUGGAAGUGGAAGAAGUGACUCAUGAUUCAGAUGACAGUACAAAUGAUUUGAGUCGUGACAGCACUGAGAGUACAGCUGAGCAAUGCUAA